AUCACAUAUGACCUCGCAACUCAGGUGUCCGAGGGCGACCUCCCAGCCCUGCGCAGCCAGAUCCUGUUGCUGCUCAAGAAAUAUGCGCCCGGCCCUAAGCCGGUGCGGGUUCAGCUUUGUGUCUGCCUCGCAAUCUUGGCAAUCCAGAUGCAGACAUGGAAGGAUGUUUUGCCCACCGUUGUAUCAACUCUUGGGAACGACGUCACAAGCCACGCCUGCAUCCUGGAUUUCCUCCGUGUCCUUCCAGAAGAAGUCACGGAAGGACGAAAAAUCACCCUCUCUGAAGAAGAACUCUCCCAGAGGACAUCGGAACUGCUGGGGGACAAUGCUGAGCAGGUGGUGCAACUGCUUAUCAACUAUGCACAGUCUUCUCGUAAGUUUCCCCAUCUGGUUUGGCCCCUGGAUGACUCUUGUGGUUCCUCGCUGACGACUUGGGCAGCAGCUGCGGCUACCAACCCUCAGCUUUUCGACUGCAUCAGUUCAUGGUUGCGUGAGGUGCCCGUGGGUGUUGUGGUCAGCUCUCCUCUCAUGAGUGCGGUUUUACAUGGAGUGGCCAACGACAACUCGCUUUUGGCUGCUGCUGACUGCCUUACUGUGAUUUGCCGAGAGACGAAGGAGGUGGAUGACAACCGCGAUACGAUUGCCCUCCUCCUUCCGAGGCUUCUUGAGCUCAGGCCACGCAUUCAGGCUCUCGUCGACGAGGACGAUACCGAGGGAUUCAAGGCGAUCACCCGCGUCUUCGCCGAGGCUGGUGAGUCUUGGGCCUUGCUGGUUGCUCGCGACCCUCAACACUUCCGCCCUAUUGUGGACUGUCUUCUUGAAUGUUGCGCCAGAGACAAGGAGAAGGACGUGCUCCACUAUACCUUCAACUUUUGGUACGAGCUCAAGCAGUACCUGACUCUGGACCAUUACAUGGAGGCUCGUGUGCAGCUCGUGGACGUCUUUGCCCAGCUGGUCGACAUCCUGUUGAAACAGCUCGAGUAUCCAGCAUCGGACGACCCCAACAAUGUUGACCUCUUCGACGGCGAUCGUGAGCAAGAGGAGAAAUUCAGAGAGUUCCGCCAUCAUAUGGGAGAUACGCUGAAAGAUUCCUGCGAGGUGAUGGGGGUCUCGGCAUGCCUUACCAAGGUCUACGACGCCAUCAAAUUGUGGCAGGAGAAGUUUGGAGGCCUUGCCACUCCCACUUCUGUUCCCCACUGGCAAUCGUUGGAGGCACCCCUUUUUGCCAUGCGUGCUAUGGGACGCAUGGUGGAUAAUGGUGACAGUUCUGUCCUUCCCCAAAUCUUCCCGCUUUUGGUGCAGAUCCCCGUGAGCAACGAGAAGCUUCGAUUCGCGGCCAUCAUGGUUUUUGGCCGCUAUACCGAAUGGACUGCGGCCCAUCCGGAGUUUCUCGAGUCUCAAUUCCAGUAUAUCGUCUCUUCCUUUCAAGCUGACUCGCAGGAGAUUCUGCGCGCUGCGGCUCAGUCUUUCAAGUACUUUUGCACUGAUUGUAAGACCCUGCUCAGCCCGCAGGUGAUCCAGCUGCAGGCUUUUUACGACGGCAUCCUUGACAAGCUUCCUAUGCCUAGCAAGGAGGAGGUUACUGAGGGCGUCGCUGUCGUCCUUGGUGUUCAAAAGCCAGAGGAAAUUUACCGCUUGCUCAAGCUGUACUGCGACCCCUUGAUCAACCGGCUGAUGGUCAAGGCCAACCAAGCAACGGACGAGAAAUCCAAGGUUGAUCUUGCUGAUCACAUCAACCUCCUUACUAACUUUGCACAAUACGUGGUGCCAUAUAUUCCCAGUGAUCAGGAGAAUCCUGCGGUCAAGUACUGGCAAGAGGUGUUCCCGAUUCUGUCAACCAUCCUGGAUAACUUCAUCACGUUCAUCCCAAUUUGCGAGCGUGUGUGCCGGUGCUGGCGGAACAUGGUGAUUUCUUACAGAACCGCCAUCACCCCUCUUCUCGGACCAUUGGCCAACAAGUUGGCUGAAGGGUUUGCCGCAUCGAAGCAGGGGUGCUUCCUCUGGGCCACCAGUGCAGUCUUGAGGGAGUUUUCAGAGGACAGAGAACACGUUGAAGAUGGCAUUACUAACGACAUCUAUGUCUUCUUCGAGGCGCAGGCGACAAAUGUUCUCCGCACUAUGAGCGAUAUUAAGCCUAUCGAUCUCCCAGAUGUCAUUGAGGACUUUUACCGCCUGCUCAUCGAUGCCCUUCUUUAUUAUCCCACCAAACUUAUUCCCUCUCCGCUCUUCACCCCUAUCUUUCAGGCUGCUAUCUCGGCUUUGUCCCUGGAGAAGCAGGAGCCCGUUUCGGCAGCCCUUCACUACAUCCGCGAUCUCCUCACAUACGGUGGGCCAAACCCAGCCACUUCCAGUGAUGCCCUUGGAACAGCCGGCGCCCAGCUUCGCCAGAUUGUCAAACAACUCCUGCUCGAGCAGGGCGGAGCGCUGAUCAAACAGACCAUGGCGGGCAUGAUGUUCACCUUCCCCAGCGACUGUUUCGCCGAUGGUAGCGGCGUCUUGCUGCACAUGUUCCAGCUCCUUCCUCAGGAGACAGCUGCGUGGGUUGAGAGCACCAUCCGAAUGCUUCCCGCGGGAACCGUCACGCCCGUGGAAGCCAACCGCCUUCUCAGCAAGAUUAAGGAGAAACUCAGCGGAUCAGAUUCCGACCGGAGACAGAUCCGUAUUCUGAUGCAGGACUUUACCAACACAUACCGCCGCCGGUAUGUGGCGCCUCGGGAUGGUCUAGGACAGUUGGAGGCGACCCAGUUCCACUUCUCUGGGUAG